AUGGCUUCCACCACCAACCGAAGAGGCUCUUCGUCGGCGUCUUCUUCUUCUUCUUCCGAUCUGCGGUUUUUAUUCGAUGUGUUCUUGAGCUUUAGGGGCGAAGAUACCCGCAACAGCUUCGUUAGCCAUCUCUACGCGACUUUGCAUCAGAAAAUGAUUCACACCUACAAGGACGAUGAAAAGCUCGAAAGGGGGAGAGAAAUUUCGCCGGAGCUCCUGAGAGCCAUCGAGGGUUCGAGGUUUUCGAUCAUCGUUUUCUCAGAAAACUACGCUUCUUCGACUUGGUGCCUGGAUGAACUUGCGAAGAUCAUGGAAUGCAAGAACCUGAGGCGGCAAACAGUUGUCCCCAUUUUCUACAAUGUGACUCCCUCGGAAGUACGGAAGCAAACAGGGAAAUUCGCAGAAGCCUUUGCCAAACACGCAGAAGAGAGAAAGGAGAAGGUGCAGAGCUGGAGGGAGGCUAUGAUCAAAGCUGCCAAUUUGUCUGGGUGGGAUUUACAAGAGCAGGGCAGGUCCGAAUCCAAGCUUAUUGAUGAAGUUGCCCGCUUUAUACUAAACAAAUUGAAGUAUUUUUCCGUAAAUAUUCAUAAGGGUCUGUUUGGUAUUGGUUCUUGCAUAGAAAAAUUGAAUUCAUUGUUAUGCACGGAAGUCAAUGAUGUUCGCUUUAUUGGAAUAUUGGGCAUGGGUGGCAUAGGUAAAACCACCAUUGCAGAAGUUGUCUAUGAUCAAAUCUCUGUUCAAUUUGAAGUAUCUUACUUUCUUGCAAAUUUAAGGGGACAACAUGAUUUAGUUUCUUUGCAAGAAAAACUUCUUUUCAAAAUCUUUAUGGACAAAAUAUAUAUAGAUACUUGGAGAAUGGGAGCAAAUUUCAUAAGGAGGAGGCUUCGUUUCAGAAAGGUUCUUAUUGUCCUUGACAAUGUGGAUAAGCAGGAGCAAUUACAAGCACUUGCUGGAGAGUAUGAUUGGUUUGGCCUUGGAAGUCGAAUCAUCAUCACAACUAGAGAUGAACAUUUGCUAAUUACACAUAAUGUGGCAAACAUAUACAAGGCUGAACUAUUGGACCAUGGAGAAGCUAUCAAACUUUUUUGCUGGAAUGCUUUUAGGCAGGAAUACCCCAAGGAAGGAUAUUUUGAAGUUGUGAACUCACUAAUAAGUUAUGCAAACGGCCUUCCAUUAGCACUAAAAAUUUUGGGUUCUUUUCUUUAUGGCAGAGGUGUUGACGAUUGGAAAAGCGUGUUGAAUAAACUGAAAACGUAUCCUCAUGACGAUAUUCAAAAGAUUCUUAGAAUAAGUUAUGAUGCACUAGAUGAUCAACAGAAGAAUUUAUUUCUUGAUAUUGCAUGUUUCUUUCAUGGAGAUUACCAGGAGUAUACAAUUAAAAUACUAGAGGGUUGUGAUUUCUGCCUUGCUGAUAUUAGUGUUCUUGUUGAAAAGUCGCUUAUAACAUGGAACUACGAAUUGAUGAUGCAUGACUUAUUACAAGAAAUGGCAAGGGAUAUUGUUCGUCAGGAAUCUCCUAAAGAGCCUGGAAAACGCAGUAGGUUAUGGUCCUAUGAAAAUGCAUUGAAGAAUUUGAAAUUCAUGGAUCUUAGUUAUUGUCAGAAUCUAAGGAAGAUCCCAAACUUUAGUGGUGUCCCAAACCUUGAGAGUCUAAUUCUUGAAGGUUGUAUAAAUUUGGAUAAGAUUCAUCCAUCCAUUGGAACUCUCAAGAGGCUUAUUGUUUUGUGUUUAAAGGGCUGCAAAAAUCUUAGAGAUUUUGUGAGUGCAAUUAGCUUGGAAUCACUUGAAAUUCUCAUUCUUGAAGGCUAUUCGAAAAUCCGAACAUUUCCUAAGGUUUCAAGUAAUAUGCCACGUUUAUGUAUGCUUUCUUUGGAGGGGACUUCCAUUAUAAUGCUACCACAUUCCAUUGGAGAUCUCAGCGGCCUCACUUGUCUUGAUCUUCGUGACUGCAAAAACCUUGUGUUUCUCCCAAGGACCAUGUCUAUGCUAGAAUCUCUUGAAUUACUCGAUCUCUCGGGCUGCUCAAAACUUGAGGAAUUGUUCCCAUUCUCAAGGCUAUCCUCUUUAAGAAAUCUAGACGUCUCUGAUUGCAAUUUGUUGACAAUCCCAAAUGACAUAGUCUGCUUCUCAUAUUUGGAUGCUACAUCGACAAAUUGUUCAAAGUUACUGAAGAAUCAAUGCAUUGAUGAUUGGGCUCUUAACUCACAAUCAUCUUUCACCAUUAUUCUUCCUGGAAAAGAGAUUCCAAAGUGGUUCAGCCAUCAGAACAUGGGGAAUUUAGUGUCUAUUGAAUUGCCUCCAAAUUGGUAUCGUGAUAUAGUGGGAGUUGUUGUGUGUGCUGUUUUGAAUGUUUUGAAAUCCUCUCAAAAGUGUGCAGCCCGUCCAAUAGGGAAAAAUGAGGUGGCAUUUGACUUGGUGGAGAAUGGAACCAAUUGUUUGACUGGCAAAUGA